AGGCAAAGUUGAGCCAGCUGACUUCGACGUCACUUUCCCUCGACCGUCGCGGCCGGAAGCCCCUUCACCGGGUUGAUUUUGUUGUUGAGGACCACCUUUCCCCGUCCUUCAGCUCGAAAAUGUACUACAAGUUCAGCGGAAUCACCCAGAAACUAACGGGGUCUGCUCCCACGGCCGCCUACAGCCCUCAGGUGAGACUAAGUACCUGUGUAAGUGUGGUAGACUGAGUGUGUUACCGUCAGUGAUGACCUUCAUGUCUGCUGUCUAACCAACCGUCGUGUUAAGCUGCGGAUACAUGUUGUUUCAGUUCACAUGAGGACGACGAAAAACCUCCACUUUGGUUAUUUAUACUGUGAUAUAUUCUUAAUAAGAAAUACAGCGUUCGAUGUUUAACGUUUUUUUUCCUUGUUUUUGUAACGUUAAUAUUUAAAGCAAGUUUUGGGCGCAUUACAAGGUCGUUAAACGUUUCUAGCAGUAACUUCCUUAUUUACAUAAAAGUAUUCACCCCCUCUUUUUCUCCCCUGUAUUUAAGUUAUCAGUAGGCAUUGUAUUACACUCUUAAAGGGAUAUUCUGGCGUAAAAUUAAUUGAGGGUCAAACACAUCGCAACACCAAGUUGGACACCCCCUCCAGAGAUUAAUGUUGCAGACCACUUGCUUCUCUAGUUAUACCAACUUUAGUAACGACCGCCAAUAGCAAUACACAGCGGUCUGAGGAGCCAAACACAAACCUGAACCAAAACGCCACUCUAUAGCCACAAAUAAUGCUCAGAACAGCACCUAACUUUAUCAACAGUACAUAUAGGGUCCCAGCCACAGUACUAGCCACCAAACAUCUUUUUAACUUUGGCAAAGUGACUAAACAGAAUCUUACCUACUCUCUUCCAGCAGCCGCUUGUUUGUAGCGAGACCUCAGGCCAGUCCAUUAUAGACUACAGUGGGGUGACGCAGCUCAAGGAAGAACAUUUAUUUAGUUCUUCUGCCUUAGCGUCUCAGUCUGAUCACAUUUCCAUGAAGAAACAGGAUAAGUCGGGGAACUUAUGACCUUCCUUGAGCUGUGUCACCCCGCUGUAGUCCAUAACGGACUGGCCUGAGGUCUUGGUACAAACAAGGCUGCUGGAAGAGAGUAGGUGAGUUGUGUUUAGUCUCUUUUCUAAAGAAAUUAAGCAAAGUUAAAAAGAUGUUUGGUGGCUAGUACAGUGGCUAGGACCCUAUAUGUAGUGUUGAUGAAGUUAGGUGCUGUUCUGAGCAUUAUUUGUGGCUAUAGAGUGGCGUUUUGGUUGAGGUUUGUUUUUAGCUCCUCAGACCGCUGUGUAUUGCCAACGUGUGGUUGGUAUAACUGGAGAAGCAAACGGUCGGCAAAGGGGCGUCUCACUCAGUGUUACAGUGUGUUUGACCUGAAAUUAAUUGUACACCGGAAUAUCCCUUUAAGAUGUUGGGGCACAUAUGGUCAAUAGAAAUGCAAAAGAAGGUCACGUCUGGCUAGCAUUUAUGCUCACAUAUGUCAGUGCUCCAGUUUGGCCCCCUGUCACAUGAACCUGCCUCUGUACCUGCUUAUCACAGAACCUUUGGGUAACCUUUAUUCUGAAAGGUUAUUUCCUUUUGUUUAUCCAGCCUUCCUGUGCCUCUACAGCCAAUUUUGAAACACAAUAGCCUUUUCUAUCAUGUGCCAGAUGUGACCUUUUAUUAUCAGCCUCCUGUCUUUUACACCACAGCCUCCUUGUUAGUCUAUUAUGGGGGUAAACCUGCCUGUGACGCUGUCUUGUCUGUCAGCGUGGAAGUCACAUAUCCUACUCGUCAGUCAUACGCAGGCAAGGAUGCAAACACCUGAUUAUAUAUAUAGUGCUGGUGGCAUAUAAGGUGACGGGUAUGACAUUUAUCCUCUGUGAGCUGAUAGUCAAAAAGCCUCAGGUUAAAAAUAUUUAUUUAAACUUUAAUUUUGUUUUUUUAUUAAAUUGUUACUGAUCAGCCAUGGUGAGUUUAUUGACUAUUUACCAUAAAUUAGAAGGUUUACACCGUAUCUGACACCUACCCCAUGGCAGUGAUUGAAGCAUUUAAAACUACUUAAAAUAAAUAAUAAUUUUGUUGAUAGGGUUGUUCACUUUACAAGGUUACAGAGGAGGAUCAAUCAAUGGAGUUUUCACUGUGUUUCAGAUCAAGCUAUUAACUCCCCACAGGAGCUUUAACUAAAAAAUAAUAUAGCCUUUUAUUUUCAUCCUGCUCUUAUAGUGUUUGCUUCAAAAGAGGAAUCCUGCAGUGGGAAAGACAAUCUCUCAAUCUUAACUGUUGAGCUUUAACAGAUAAUCUGACUUCCAGUAAUUGUUGCCACAGCCUCCUCUUACAUUAACAUAUAGAUGUAGAUAUUAUCUCUUAAAACUGGUUAUGUGAUCCUUAAUUAAUGACACUCUGCCUGAGGUUUUCCCUGUCAGCAAUCACUUGUUUCAUCUAAAAAGAGACUUUGAAACUGUGAAAAGGUUGAAAAGGUAAUCUAGAGUUUUGAGUUUGCCUGUCUUAAGGAUGAGGGAAUCCCUGCUAGACAAGAAAAAGGGAAGAAAAACAAAAGGGGAAUCCUCUUUGUACCUCUUUGUGCUGUAAUAACACUGUGUGAACACUUUCAACAAACGCCUUCUCUUAAAUGGAAGCAAAAAUAAUCUGCUGUCAGUGCCUCUGCGUUUUCAUAUGUCAGAUUUAAUGUCCCCGCUCCCACACGAUCUUCCUCCACACGCUCUAAAAAGGUAACGGCUCUCCCAGCAAUUUUCAAACCCAAGGUGGGUGAGAAGCUGCUUUUUUUUUUUUUUUCCCAUGUGGGAGAAAAUCAGAUAGGACACUUCAUUAGCACCACAGUGAACCUUUGGGUUUAUUUACUUACAGUGUACAAUGUGUGAAAAGCACAGAAACAGCAUGAGUUAUCAUAAUGGAAUAAUUCUCCAAAUAGAGUAUAGAUUAUCAGAUACGAAAGGGAAAUAAAUAAACGCUUACAGCAAAAAGACAAGCACGCUCUCUGUUAGAUGAGUAAAAAUGAAUGUUUUUGAACAUCAACGACCAAAGAGGAAUGAGCCGCGAUGUUAUGAGAGUGAUCUCCAUUGUAGUGAACAGGUGCUUAAGGUGCUUUGUAUUACUCUUAACAGGCUCUUAAGCAGUCAUACAAGUGUCUGAACAACUCCUGAGAUCAUAUGAAUGAAUGAAUGAAGUGCUUUAGUCAUCCUCCUUGUUAAUGCUGCAACCUUGAGCCCUGCAGUCAACCAAUAUCCUGCUUUUCUUACGAUAACGAAUCGAUUGCGGCUGCUGAUCAUCACUGAUAUUGGAAACCUUGUUCCACCUUUUCCUACAACAGCAUCUCCUCCCUGCUGAGGUUUCUCUGGUGUUAUAAACUUAUUAUGAUAUCAGUAAAAAUCACACAAUAACAGUACCUGUUUUGACACUACAGGAAAAAAAAUUAUGAGCUCCUACAAGUAACCAAAACUAAUGAAUUUAGACACUUUUAAUUUUAAACAAGCACAUUAUAGUAAUAGUCUAAUGACAAAUAUUAUACUUUCCAUAACGACAACAAAUUGCUUUUUGUUCAGAUUUCUGGUUAACCUCUAUAUCAAUAUCAUCAAUACUUUUGCCUGUUUCUAAUUAUGGAUUUAAAUGUUUCUCAAAUUUUUUGGGAUGCCGCAAAGAUAAGAUAAGAUGAGAUACUCUUUUGUUAGUCCCACAAGGGGAAAUUCCCAUUUCCAACACGUAAACAAUCAGCCGGUCAGCCAUGUUGAAUAUACCGGUGAAUCAGAUGUCGCAACAACACGCAAUCUGAUUGGUCAGAAGUGGACACACAGUAUGCGAAACUUUAAAAAAUCGACCGUGAUCCGAAAAAAUAAAUGCCGCAAUAUCGCAAGACAGGACGCUGAUGUGAACGCUUGUAUUGACAGGAUACGGGUUCGAAAAAAAAUGUUGACGUCUGAAAUAAUGACAUGACAAAAAUGGUCCCGGUGUGAAAGGACUGUAAGAGUCUAAUACCAGUAAAAUGCAAUGCACAACAAAUAUUAUACCCUCCAUAAUGACAACAAAUCACUUUUUGUCCAGAUUUCUGGUUAACCUCUAUAUCAAUAUCAUCAAUACUUUUACCAGUUUUCAAAUCGUGGACUUAAAUGUUUCUCAAUUUUUCCGGGAUGCCACAAAAAAUACAGUAUAUUCAAAUAUAUAUACCGACUUUGAAUGUUUUUGUUAAAGUGGUUGUUUGCUUGUUUUUGUUCAGGGGCUCAGGCCAGGUGUGCCAGCAGAGGCCCCAGCCAUGAUCUUCGCCACACCCACAAAGGUGGUGUCAGAAGCCGGGGCUGCAGUGGAGUACAUGGGAGCAAACAAAGUUCCUGACCUCCAGAGAAUAUUCCAGGUAGCAAAGACCUCUUAAUUAUAACAGCAAUUAAGCUUUUUUUUUUUUUUGUUCAGAUAAAUCCUCAGAAAAUAACCUUUACAAGUCAAUCAAACACAGCAGAGAAAAAAAUUAUAAUUGGAAAAAUAAUUGGAUUUUUUUAAUUAGAGUUUUUCAGAUUUGAUUUAUUAUGGAAAUGUUUUGGGGAACGAAUCGUGUUACAAUUGUUUUACUUUUUAAGUGAAAAAAUUAAAAUUCAAAAAGGCAAAAUUAACAUACUAGCAGCUUGAUUUGAAAAAUGAUGUUCCCAUGCAUGUUUUUCUGAAAUUGGAGCUCGGUAUUCCAAACCAAAUCUUUAGUAUCCUCUGUUCUUUAGUACAUUAUUACUAUUAUUACAUUUACUCAUGUUUCCCUCCUUUCCUCUUUUCAGACAUCAGAUGGUAUCCCCAUCCACCUGAAACGUGGAGUACCCGACAGAUUACUGUACCGCACCACCAUGGCUCUCACCGUAGGAGGAGCUCUAUACUGUUUGGUAGCUCUUUACAUCGCAGCCCAGCCCACUAAUAAGUGACCAACACGAAGCAGUAAUCCCUCUGCAUUACAUCAGCCCAACAUUCCCGGACUUCAUCUGCCCUCGCUGUACCACCUCUUGGGACUCUUAGAUGAGAAUUAAUCACUGUUGGAACACCACACCAAUGAUUACAAACAUCAUGUCUGUCUUCUUUGUUAAAAAAUGUUUAAAUUAAUAAAUUUUAAGGGGAAACAAAGUGAGAGAUUUCCAUUUGUCUGUACAUUUCUACCCUGUAGUAACUGUCUGCGUCAUGCCUAUAAGGCCCAGAAGAUGCAGAAAUAGAAGCGGAGAUGCAAAGAUGGUUGUUUUUCGUUUUGACAGGCUUGUGGCAUGUGUGUGCGAGAGCGAGCAGGCAUGAUGGAGACACUUCGUCUGGAACAUAGCUGCUGCUCACUUGGCUUGAGUACUGUCUCAUACAGUAUUUAUAUGUGUGGGCCUCGGUGUGAUGUCAGAUGCCACUCGCUUGGUUUGGAGACUGUGGGAGGGGUUGUGUAUGUGUGUUUGUGUGUGGGUGUGUGUGUGUGUGCGUGUCUUGGGGGGGGUUCAGACAGACAUGUUGGCAGUCCUACAUGGAACACUCAUGAUAAUCUCAGUCUCUGCUUUUUCUUCAUGCAAUAGAGAUGCAAUAUGAUUUAAAUUUAGAGUUCUUACUGCUGGUUUCCUUGUGGGUAUUUAUUGAGUUAUAUCUCAUGGAGUUUUCCUGCUGUAUGUCUAGGGUCUACACAUGUUAAGUUUCUGUUUUCACUUUCAUGAAUAUACAAAGUAACCAAUAAGAAAUGUGCUAAUUCUCUGAGGAAGGAGUUCAUUUUCUUAAAGCUCAAACAAGGUUUUUUUUUGAUGUUUUGAAAACUGACUGAAAUUCAUGUUGGUGCCUUUUUAUGACAUUUAAAAGCAAGUGAGACCACAAGGGACAACAUAAACAAGAUGUAUACUGUCAUUUUAAAUACCUGAAAGUGGUGUGAAAGGGUAGGUGUCAGCCAAGCAGCUAAAGGAUCGUACAUUUGACUAUCAAACUUUAUUUUUUUUCCAAAUGAAACAAAGGGGCAAACUCUGCAAAGACUGCUUUUUCCACAGGGGGCGCCAAAUUGACACAAAUCAAAAGUUCUCCACAGGAGCUUUAAUAUUGCACCUUUUAAAAUUAUAGUAAUAAAUCUCUAAUUUAGGGAAAUCUUCAUGUUUACUAGUUUAUUGAACCAAAAAAUUGUGUCUAAUUUAAAGGAUUUUAAAGAAAGCAUCGUCUCCUGUGAAAAAUAGAUUCUAUUUGGUCCUAAUUAAUCACAAAGGUUGAAUCUCAGCAAUUUAUCACUACCAGUGGCAACUUUUAAUUGCGUAAUUAAAUUCCUCUCCUUUGCAUUUCACAACAUCUUAAAAAUGAAUAGUUCAAUAAUUACUUUAUAAAGGAAAUUCCUACUGCAAUAAAAUGUAUUUUGUUUUUUUAUAUAUAUUUUAUUUUCAUAUUUCAUUUUUUUUAGUGUUAACUUUGAGAUUUGUAAUUUAAAGCUCCUGUGAUGAACUUUUUGAUUUGUGUCGACUUUGGCGCCCCCAUGUGGACAAAUUAGUAUUUCCUUAUCUUGUCGUCUUUGGUAACAUUUUAAUUCCAUUUGACACAAAGUGAAAAUGACUUUCGCGAAGAGGGAAACAUGAACAUGAUUUGGGAAAAAAUUGUUUAUUUUAGAAGUUAAGUUAAUUCUUUAUGAAUUAUGUCAUGCUGACAGCUCUAAUAAUCAACCUCUCUGUAUUUCUUGAGCAGUCUGAUGCAGAUUAUAAAUAUUUAGCCCAACAGAUGAAUUUAUAUGUUUAGCCUUUAUUGGUUAGCCAGUAUCGAUUUGUCUCUCAGUGCUCCUUAUUUUUUUUAACAGGACCUGAAUUUGUAGUUUCUCAUUUAUCACUCAUAGACGCCUCCUGCUUAUUCAAGUCUUUUUGUUCUGUUGUGUAUUUUUUUUCUCUUUUUUCUUUAAUCAUCUCGUUUAAAGCUCUUCUUACCACAAGAUUUGUUUUUUUCCAAGUCCAAGACAUGCGUUUAAAGGUGUAUGAAAUAGUUAAAUUAACCAUGACGCAGAGCACUAUUAAACCUUGCUGAUUUAAGCGCCUUAGCUGCACGCUAAGACACAUCGAUCCUUUUCUCGGUGUUUACGUUGAUACAUGUUCAUCUUCUUUGUGUUUGUAUUGAUUACUCGGUAAAGAGGCACAAAAGCUCUCGUGAUUGUCGGCAGCUGAACACUCAGAGCCAGCCUCUGCCUGAUGAAAGUGAUUGCUUCACUACUCUCAAUCAUCACAAAGCUCGUUCACUCUGCGUGGAGCACAGGAGCAGAACAGUCAUUUGGACGAGGAUGUGUUAGUCAUUUUCACACGGAUGUACAUAACAUGGAUGUCAACAGCAACCGUUUGAGGCUGCCACUUUAAACUAUUUACCAAAUCAAACAUGAAAGCGUCUCCAGCCUGAUAAUUUUCAGUGUUUCAAGCCCUACAAUUUCAUUUUAAAUUAGUUUUUACUCGACUGAUUUACCCUCGAUGGGUGAGUUGGAGCUGUUUUCCAGGAGGCUAAAAACUGCCUCAGGUCCACCUUUUCGCCUUCUGUAGGUUGAUGGAGAGUUCUGCUCCAACAGUUGGAGUUCAGUUUUCCAAUUUCCUGCCUGUCAUCGCUGGGCUUCAAAAUUUCUCCCUAGAAACCAGUGGGUAACGCCAUGGAGACUACAUCCAUGUUUUAUACCGUUUAUGUGUGUGAUCAGAACAGAUUUUCAACAUGAAACUGCUUAAAUAGUGUUUUGUUACCCCACAAGAUCCAUUUAUUUUAGAUUCCAAGAGACCUCUAUGAAUUAUUUGGCUACAGAUAAUAACCAUGGACCAUGAAUUUUAAAGUGCCGUUUGGAGACUCCUUUUGUGUAGUUAACUGCCUUCAUCAUUCGCCUGUAUUUGUUUUUAAUGAUGUGAAACACUGGUGGUAUCCUCACAAUUAAAGCUGUCAUGCUUUUUUUUACAACUUUAUAGACAAAGAUUUAAGUUUGCCCAAAAUAAAGCUUCUAGUGCUCUACAUCAGGGUUGAGAAUUUCCACGAUCAGAAUAUUAUGAGAAGCAAAUAUUUAUUUAUUUAUUUUGUUUUUGCUUGUUUUCUGCGUGCUAGUUUUCUGUUUUGUGUCGAUGUUCUAUGUCCUUAUUAUUUUACUCUGGUUUGUUUGCUUGCUGAGCGACGUCUUAUAUUUUGUAAUUGUAUUGCAACAUAACGGCAAAUAAACACCUUUGUUCAAAAAAAAAAAAA